AUGUCUGGUGCUCUUCCCUCACGCCUCGCUCAGGCCUCGCGCUCUUCUGCGAACUUUGCCGAAGCUCAAGCUCGUUCGCGAGCUCUUUACCGGGAGUUCUACAGAUCAGCACCAGAGGUGGCAGCGCUCUACGCUCUCGACGUGCCACCUUCAGUCUUGAGGGCUAAAAUCAGACAGAAAUUCGAGGCUCAGCAACAUAUCAAGGACCUCGCAGUUCUCGACGUUCUGCUUCACAAGGGAAGGGUCGAGCUUCAGGAGACGCUCAAUGCAUGGAAACAAAUCCCGCACUUGAUGAAAUGGUUCAAGGAAGAGGAGGUGAGUCCCUCUCUCGAGGCAGAUCAGGAAGGAGAGGAACUCGUAGCAGACGCUAGAUGGUCAGCGUUGGGGUGCGAUCGCUGCUCUCUCGAGUCGGGCGGCGUGGUCGUCGAGCCUUCCUUCUACAACAGACUCAAACCGAACGCCUGCGCGUUGUCGCCGAGCGUCGACAUGCGCUCAACUCUCGGCGCAUCGUAUGAAUUUUUGCGCGCGAUUUUAUGGAUGCUGAUGGUGCUGCAUCUAUGCCCUGCCAUCAUUCGUCCCUGGCUCGUAAUACUAUAGGCUCCUCGUAAGUACUUGCCCGCAUGUAUGCUAGCGUCCACUGAGCACUCUGGGACUGACGAUGAUACCUCUCUAUUUGCGAAUCGCUAGCCGUUCCUCAGACUUUCUUGGAAAGAUUCUACGCUGGAAAGGACGAGGGAGGCAUCACCCCCACUGGCAAACCCAUGUAG